UCUUAAAAUGACUAAUAUGAAGCAACGGCUGCGCAACUUGUUUCGCCGCAACAAGAUGCGCACCCGAGCCACCACAGUACCGAGUAAGAAGGAGUCUCCGGAGCCGGCGAAGCAAGAGGAGCCGAGCAAGAAGUCAGGCAAGCAGGAUGCCUCUAAGCAGGAGCCACCUAAGGAGGAAGAGCCCGAGAAGCCAGCCAAGGAUGUCGAGGUAGAGAUAAUACCCAUGCCACCGGCGGAGGGCGAAAUGCCCACCUACUUCCAUGUGGGCGCCUUGGCAAAGGAUUGCCUCAUCAAUGGUUUCAAGAUCGGCGCCUGGCAGAUGCAGUGCACCACGAGAACGGACUCGGACUUCUAUCUGAGCACCUUCGGCGAGGGAUAUCCCACCAUGACGAGCGUCUUUGGCGGCAUGGAGGUGUUCAAGGAAGUGGGCAUCUACAGCACGUCCCUCGGCUGGUUUACCAACAAUGAUCUUCUCUCGGAGAUCGGCGUGCGCGGCAUGAACUUUGGCAGUCGGCUGUAUGGACUGCUGAAGUCCACAAUUGGCACGAAAGACGAGGUGACGUUUCAAACGAAGCUGAAGUGCGGUUUGGAGCGCGAUCCCGUGAAGGUGGAACUGGUGGUGCCGCUGUACAACGAGCCCCUAUUUCUGGGCUAUGUCCUGGUGGCGCCUGUGGAGAACUGGGUGCUGGGAUAUCGAACGCAGUACAACUGUGACGAAAAGGGAUUCGAUAAGCACGCCCUGUGCCUGGGCUACAACAAUGGAAGGACCGAAGUGGGUCUGAAACUCGAGAAUUUCGAGGACCUGCGAGGAUCGAUAUUUCAAAGGAUCGGCGAAGCCUGGGCCUUUGCCAUAAAGGCGAACCUCUACAGCUCCGAAAAUGUGAAACAGUUUGCCAUUGGACUUCAGUACGACUUCCAGAAUGGCACCAUGGUGAAGGCCAAGCUGCGGGAGGACUCCAGACUCGGGUUCGUCUACCAGUCAAAGAUCGGGAAAAAUAUCGAUGUUGGCUAUCACCUGGCCUUUAAUGGGGCAGAUCCCAUUGGUGGAGCCCAUAGAAUUGGUGUUUCCUGGGGUUUUCACUGUUGAAAAGAACGCGUACUGUGGAUCUUUUGAAAUUUGAUUUUACUAUACGUGAUAAAUAUAACUAAGAAUUUUUUAAGCAA